AUGCAAGAGCAAUUUCUGGACAUUAAAGGAAAAACAGUCUCACUCUCACUCAGUCAAGAAACUUCUAAGAGUAAGAGAACUGGCUUACAGAUGGAUCAAUGUGGAGGUACAAGACCAAACUCAAUGAUCUCUGACCUCUGCAAUGAUGGAGUAUGGUCCUUGCCUUCGCCGCGGUCUGAGGAUCAAUUGGCUCUCCACGCUUACCUAACAACAGUAACUCUCACAGACUCAGAGGAAACAGUGGUUUGGUCACCGCUUGGAAAGGUUACAGACCGCUACUCAACAUGUAUGAUUUACAAACUUAUAAGAGAUCACAAGCCUGUGGUUCCUUGGUCUCAUGCUGUUUGGAUAGCUAGGGGUAUUCCCAAACACAACUUCCUCACUUGGCUGGUCAAUCUCAACCGCUGCCCUACGAAAGACCGAAUGAUUAACUGGGGACUCCAAACUAAUCCAACGUGUGUGCUCUGCAACUCCUUUCUAGAAACGAGAGAUCACUUGUUCUUCGACUGUAACUUCUCCUACUUUGUUUGGAACCCACUGGCAAGGAAGGCUAGAGUACCUGCGAUUAGACCUUGGGACCAAUCAAUCUCCUACAUGCAGUCACUCUCUUCACCGAAGCACCUGCGUUUGCUAUCACUCUUGGCUUGGCAAGCUGCAAUCUACACGCUAUGGACGGAGAGAAACUCAAGAAUUCACAAAAACGAAUUUCGUAGCGCUGAUUCACUCAGCACCUCCACUAUCGCUCUCAUCAAAAACCGGAUCUCCUCCUUUCGGUACUCCUCCCCGGCUCUCUCCUCCGCGAUGAUGCAGAUAUGGCUCGACGACUAA